AUAUACGUCGUGCAUCGCCUCCAGUGUGUUUUGCCUCACCUGUCAUGGCGGAAAAGAGCUCCCAUGUUUGACGUUAUGUAUCCCUGUGACGUAGCGACCGGCCAAAUGUUAUUUAAGCAACUUUUAUAACCUCACUAUAGAGGCUAUACUUCACCUCACCGCGGGAAAGUCACCGAUAAUCAUCAACCCGCCGGGAGGAGGAAAGUAAACAAAUGGCUCUCAGAGGUGCUGUCACCCGUCUGCUCUCCAACAGUCAAAAAUGUGCUGCUGUCACUGCGUCCAGAGCCCAGGGCACAGCUGCUACAGCAGUCAAAGAUGUUGAAGAAACCAAAAAGCCGGCGAAGGCACCCAAGGUGGCGUUCAACUGGCGGGAUGCCCUGAAUCUGGAGGGUCAGCUGACAGAGGAGGAGAUCAUGAUCCGGGACUCCUUCCGCGACUACUGCCAGGAAAAGCUCAUGCCCCGCAUCCUCAUGGCCAACAGACAUGAACAUUUCCACCGUGAGAUUGUCUCUGAGAUGGGAGAGCUGGGCGUCUUAGGUCCAACUAUUAAAGGGUACGGCUGUGCGGGCACUAGUUAUGUGGCGUACGGCUUGAUUGCCAGAGAGGUUGAGAGAGUGGACAGCGGGUAUCGGUCAGUCAUGAGCGUCCAGUCUUCACUGGUCAUGCACCCUAUCAAUGCUUACGGCACAGACGCCCAGAAGGAGAAGUACCUGCCCCGGCUUGCUCGUGGAGAAAUCCUGGGCUGCUUUGGCUUAACGGAGCCCAACCACGGCAGCGAUCCCAGCAGUAUGGAGACGAAGGCCAAAUACAACCCAUCCAGUGGUACCUUCACCGUCAGUGGAGCCAAGACCUGGAUCACAAAUUCCCCCGAGGCAGACAUUGCAGUGGUGUGGGCCAAGUGUGAAGAUGGCAAGGUGCGGGGUUUCAUCUUGGAGCGUGGAAUGAAGGGUUUCGCCACCCCCAAGAUUGAGGGCAAGUUCUCGCUGAGGGCGUCCGCCACUGGCAUGAUCCUGAUGGAUGACGUGGAAGUUCCCCAGGAGAACCUACUGCCCAACGUCUCUGGUCUGGCUGGUCCCUUUGGCUGUCUGAACAACGCCCGGUAUGGCAUUGCAUGGGGAGCUCUGGGAGCUGCUGAAUUCUGCUUCCACGCUGCCCGACAGUACACUCUGGACAGAAUCCAGUUCGGGGUGCCACUGGCCAGGAACCAGCUGAUGCAGAAGAAAAUGGCUGACAUGCUGACAGAGAUCACUCUUGGGCUGCAGUCAUGUCUGACCCUGGGAAGACUUAUUGAUGACAAGAAAGCAGCACCUGAUAUGAUCUCCAUGCUAAAGAGGAAUAGCUGUGGCAAAGCUUUGGAUAUUGCCAGACAAGCCAGAGACAUGCUGGGAGGAAAUGGCAUCUCAGAUGAGUACCACAUAAUCCGUCACGUCAUGAACCUGGAGGCCGUCAACACAUACGAGGGAACUCAUGACAUUCAUGCCCUGAUCCUGGGCAGAGCCAUCACUGGACUGCAGUCUUUCACUGUUGAAAAGUAAAGGUUGAAAUGGACUUGAUGUGGAUUAGUGCUGUACUACAUGUUUCUCAUUGGGCAAACUCAUAUGUGUAGAAACUAGGGCUGUCAAAGUUAACACAAUAACGCGUUAAAGCAAAUUUGUUUUAAUGCCACCAAUUUCUUUAAUGCAUCUACGCAACUUGUGAAUUUUAGGUUGUAGUGGGCUCAGCUUUAAAUA